AGAUUAGCCAUGGCAGUGGCAGCCAGGAAAGGCAGAACUACAACCUCCCCACACAUCAGCAUCACCACCACACCUUGGCCAGGCUCCCUGGACAGCUGGUUUAGUUGGAUCCCGUUACCCAAAUGGGCGCUCAUCACUGUGGCUGUGGCAGGGGCCAUUCUCCUCCUUCUCUUCCUCAUCUGCAUCGUCAAGUGCUGCUGUAGCAAGAAGAAGCCCAAGAAGAAGGAGAGGAUCGGCUUGUGUGCCGUCAGCAACUCCACCAUGACCAACCUUGUCCAGCCUGAGAUGGAGGACCUGGAGCAGGAAGUAGAGCAGAAGAGGCGAGGAAAGCUGCAGUACUCCCUGGAGUACAACUUCCGCAUGCAGGAGCUGAAAGUUGGCGUGAAGCGGGCAGUUGAGCUGAAGGCCAUGGACAGCGGAGGCACGUCUGAUCCAUAUGUGAUUGUCUACCUAACGUCUGAUGUGAAGAGGAGAUAUGAGACCAAGGUUUACCGCAAGACCCUGAACCCCAUUUUCAACGAGAGCUUUGCUUUCCAGGUACCCCAGGCUGAGGUGUCUGAAUCCACACUGGUGAUGCAGAUCUAUGACUUCAACCGCUUUGCCAAGCAUGACAUCAUUGGUGAGGUUCGGCUGCCCCUGGCCAGUGUCAACCUGCAGCAUGUCAUCGAGCAGUGGAGUGACCUGGUGGUGGCCAGUAAAGUGGAGGAAGAGCAUCUGGGUGAGAUCUGCUUCUCACUGCGCUACGUCCCCAGCACUGGCAAGCUGACAGUGCUCAUCUUGGAAGCCAAGCAGCUGAAGCGGAUGGACUCUAAUGGACUCUCAGAUCCUUUUGUUAAGGUGCAUCUCAUACUGAACAGGAAGAAAUGGAAGAAAAAAAGGACAAGUGUGAAGAAAAACACCUUAAACCCUUACUUCAAUGAGGUGUUUGUUUUUGAGGUGCCUUUCAGUCAGAUCCAGAAUGUGGAUGUGGUCAUCUCCGUCUGGGAUCAUGACAAAGUGACCAAGAAUGAACUCAUUGGCAAACUCUUCCUGGGCUGCCGAGCCACAGGCAACCAGCUGCGGCACUGGUCCGACAUGCUGUCUAACCCGCGCCGGCCCCUCGCCCAGUGGCACAUCCUACAGCCCCCAGAGGUGGUAGACAAAGCCCUGGGACUAAAGUCCCACCUCAAGCUGCCCCUGCACUCCAGAUAG